UUCAUCCGUCAAAUAUGGGUAAAUUAACGUAAAAAGUGUUUCGUGUUUCUUAUUUCGAACUUCCCAACGCUGGUACUAUUGUUAUCAUCUGUCAAAUGUCAAUAACAAACUAACUUAUAAAAAAAAAUUGUCAAAACAAUGGAAUCAGAAGAAAAUCAAAAUAUUUCAAAAGGAAAUUCAUCAUCUGCUAAUGAUAAAUUAGCCGGUGUUAAUGAUUUCGAUGAAGAAAAGUUGCAUGAAAUGACUGCUUCUUAUUCUGAGAUAUCAUUUGAUUCACAAUCAUCACCGCCAAUUUCGGAACUUCGUUCAUUAAUAGGAUCACCGGAUGCUGAUAGUGGAAGUUUAUUUAAAGAGAGAGUAGAUGAAAUAUCAACAAGACCCGAUUGUUUGAGUUUAAAAAAUAAUGAAAGAAAAAAUUGUCAAGAGGACAAUUUCUUUAAUCCUCCAAAUUAUCAUAAAGCAUUUGGUUAUUUACAAUUGGAAGGCACUGUUAUGCAGGAAGGUGAUAUGGUAUUAUUUGUUGCUGAGGAUUUAGAGAAUAAAAUAAAAUUAUCAAGCCCAGUGACAAAAAAAGGAGAUACACCAUCGUUUCCAGGUUCUCGAAGUCCUAGUUGUUUAUAUAGACAAGCUCUAACACCUCAGGUACCACUUUUAGAUCAUAAUGUUCUCAAUGAACUUGAAAUGGAAGCGAGAAAAAUAGCAACAUCUGUUGAUUCACUUACAGAAAAUUUAGCAGAAAUAUUGCACAGUGCAUCAGCUUUGACGGUCGAUUGUCUAGAGACCUAUAGAGAUACUGUUUGUAAAACUUGUGAUGCUGUUGAUCAUAAUAUAAAAUCAAUGUAUCAAUUAAUGGCAAAGUGUGAGGAACUUUCGAAAUCAAUGGGUCCCAUUUAUAAGUCAGCUGAAAAAGUUAAGGAAAUAAAGAGGAUGUUGGACUUAUUUGAAAAUACAAUGACUGUAUAGGAAGGAAAAUUAUAAUCUUUAAUUUUAUGCAUUUGUAGAAAAUAUUGUCAUAUAUAAUUUAUUUUAGUCUUUUAAUUUUAUUUAAAUCAAAUAGAAAAAUAAAGAAAAUUAUUUAUAAA